AUGACGAUAGUUAUGUGCACAACUUUAGGGGUCGCUGUCGAUAUUACUCGAUUCUGUUAUUCUACAGUAUUUGAUUACAGUAAGCGGACCACAUUCGAUCGGCAUACAACCAACUAUCAGGCAUGGCGAGAGCAGAUGACCGUGUGUGAUCUGCUGCAAGAAUACGAUGCAGCCGUCAGACCAAGCGGACGGACUCCUUACAAUAAUAGCAGAGGGCCGGUUAUUGUAGUGACAAGUCUCAAUAUUCGUUCGAUAUCGGCCGUUUCUGAAAAGAACAUGGAAUUCGUAGCUCAGUUUCGAUUCCGACAAGAAUGGUUUGACGAUCGCCUCCGAUUUAUGGAUCACCAGGGUCCGCUUUCUCCAGAAUUUCGUAACUUCGAGUUCAUACAUGUGGCCAGAGAUCAACGUUUGUGGAUUCCAGAUACAUUUUUUCAAAAUGAACGAAACGGGUGGUACCAUAUGUUGGACCAGGAGAAUCGCUUUUUGAAGAUUCGCUCAGACGGGAAACUCAUCUAUGACAGAAGGUUAACACUUCACUUAUCGUGCUCUAUGCAUUUAUCACGUUAUCCUAUGGAUUCACAAAAUUGUGAAAUCGCUUUCGCUUCCUAUGCUUACACAACCGAUGAUAUUAAAUACGAGUGGGAUGUAGAGGCGAUUCGAAUUCACGACGGAGCCAACGGAGCUUUGCCAAAUUUCGAUAUCGCCACUUUCCGAAACGGAACUUGCCACUCGAAAACCAACACAGGCGAGUAUUCGUGCUUGCGAGUUGAACUGAAAUUGAAUCGGGUCUUCUCGUUCUUUCUACUACAACUGUACAUUCCGUCGUCUAUGUUGGUCGGAGUCGCUUGGAUCUCAUACUGGAUUGAUUGGAAAAGUACAGCUGCUCGAGUACCACUGGCUAUCGUCACUCUGCUUACAAUGAUCACUACUUCCCAUGGUACGUUUACAUCAAUUGACAUUUGGGUUGGAGCCUGUGUUGUGUUCAUCUUCUUUUCCCUGAUCGAAUAUGCUGUUGUCAACUACAUGGGGAUAUUGGACGAGCACAGACAAAUGCGGAAAGCUGCAUGUAAUCGAAGUCGACUGUCCAAUGUUAUUGACAAUCAGAUAUGUAUCUCCAUUGUGGGAUUCAGCCCACAGGAGAAGAAGCGCCUCCUGCGACGGAAGCGGAACAAAUCAUUCGAGUUGAGGGAAGAAGAGGUUGGCUUGGACUAUGAUGGCAUUGAACUUAGCGACAUGAGUCAACCACCACGAACAGCCGGCCAUGUGGAAGAGGGUUGGACAUUCCAGGAUACGACCGAUUUGGUCUACAUCGGUCAACGAAAGCGGAUUGAGCUUGUUCGGUGGUGCAGCGUACUUUCAUCAAGAGGUCGCGCAGAACGAAUAGAUAUUAUCGCCAGGAUCAUCUUCCCAAUCGCCUUCAUUUUGUUCAAUUUCGCCUACUGGAGUAUAUAUCUGGAAGAGCAAGAUGAAUAG